GGGGCGCUGCGCGAGCCGGCCGGCUGCGGCUCCUGUCUGGGGGCGGCGCUGGCCCUGCUGCUGCUGCUGCUGCCCGCCGGCUGCCCGGUGCGGGCGCAGAACGACACGGAGCCCAUUGUGCUGGAGGGCAAGUGCCUGGUGGUGUGCGACUCGAGCCCGUCGGCGGACGGCGCCGUCACCUCCUCCCUGGGCAUCUCUGUGCGCUCCGGCAGCGCCAAGGUGGCCUUCUCCGCCACGCGGAGCACCAACCACGAGCCGUCCGAGAUGAGCAACCGCACCAUGACCAUCUACUUCGACCAGGUAUUAGUAAAUAUUGGCAACCAUUUCGACCUUGCCUCCAGUAUAUUCGUAGCACCGAGAAAAGGGAUUUAUAGCUUCAGUUUCCACGUGGUCAAAGUGUACAACAGGCAAACCAUCCAGGUCAGUUUAAUGCAGAACGGCUACCCGGUGAUCUCAGCGUUUGCAGGAGACCAGGACGUUACCAGGGAAGCUGCCAGCAAUGGCGUCCUGCUGCUGAUGGAACGAGAGGACAAAGUGCACCUCAAGCUGGAAAGGGGCAACCUCAUGGGGGGCUGGAAGUACUCCACGUUCUCGGGCUUCUUGGUUUUUCCUCUAUAAACGCAGAGACCCCCGGAUGGUGGGAAGUUGCCAUCUGGACCCAUGAACCCACCCUUCCUAACAUCCUGAACUUGCCACAAUAGGACAACUUGUUUCCAGCCUCCGUCAGACUGUUGAGGUAGAAGAAUGGUUUCCUUCCAAAUCUCCGGUAUUUUCUUUGAAUAUUGACUAUUCCUCGGGAACCUGGCCUCUAAUUAGUUUUAGACGACAAGGUCUUAAGGAGAAAUGAUAUUAUGAUUUGAGCAAUUUGUUCCUGUGAUUGUAAAGUCAAUAUCGGAUUUUCUUGUUGGGACCACUGACUUUUCUUCUUUUGUUUGUACGUUGUUUUGCUGCCCCAUGCGAGGAGUGUCACUGACCCCAGGAUGGAUUGCAGGUUGCGAUCAGGGCUCAGAGCAAGAACCCUGCAAAUCACCCACCGGACAGUCCUUGAAAUGUGUUCUCUGUGUGUCUGUUCAGCCUUAAGAGAAAGAAUGGCUUCACUUUCAUUCUGUAUUUUUCCCCCCGGUGGAUGGGAGGACUUGGGAGGGGGAAGGGGACAUUGUGAACCUGUCAAGAAGUGCUUUAUCCAGAGAAGCAAAUUUUGCACGAUUAGACUGCCGCUUUUGUUUUGUAUUGUUUGUGUGUGUGGUUUUUUCUCAAAAAGCUUGACUUUUCUUUCCACACUCAGCUCUCCCAACUCCUACUUUUAUUUUUCACGCUGGGAUGGGGGAGAGAAAAUGUAUGUUGAAUUCCUGGGUGAGACCAAACAAAACAAAACAAAAAAUACCUGUGUAUUUUGUUCUGGAUGAGACCAAACCAAACAAAAGUUACCUGUAUAUCAAAGUAAAAGUGACAAAUGGACAAUUCUGCUUAUUCUUUCAAAGAGAUUCUCUCAGAUACACCUUUAGAACUAACAACUUGGAUUUGUUUUUUCUUUUUUAAUUUACGCUCUGGAAUACUUUAAGAACCUGGUGUUCCUGGGGGGCAUGAAUCAUGUAAGACAAGAACAGAAGCUGUAAGACCAAGUCUCCUAAAGACGUGGUUUCUGUGCGAGUCCACCUGGGUCUUCCGAGCAGCAUGUUUUCAUUUAUUUGGAUCCACCUCUGUGUGAGCACACCAGGAUCAGGUGCUUCAAAGGCAGCAGGACCAGCUACUCUCCCUUAGCAUCCUCUUCUGAUCUGCCAAGUGAAAGAGGUGUGUUGACUGACACAGCCCUGCAAGCACCUGGGGGAAGACACCUGGACGUCACGUGGUGGAAGGUAUUGGCAGAGGCAACCCAGGAUCAGUUUCACUAAUCCUUGUUUUGGCACCUUGUACAACAACAUUAUUAAAACGCAGCUGAGAGCUGAUGGGUGCAGGAUUUGAACGCCAAGGAAAUGUCACUAAUCCCAAAGCAAUCAAAGAAGAGACCUCAAACUGGAUGUUAAUUUGUCCUUUGUGUAACAAUGUAACCAAAAUAUUGAUGAUAAAAAGUCAUAAUUUAAGAUUCAGAAUAAAUGGGUUUGAUGUCUGG